UGUGUCGGGAGCAGCAGUGACCUUGUGUUACAGCACAAGGUUACGGCUGUCUGAUGCUCUUGAUGGGUGUUAUCUCACUGAUAUAGCUAGGUGUAACAUAGUGUUGAUGCAACGCUCCUACUGGCUCUGUGUGGAAAGAUGUCGAAGAUGGAACUGCCUGUGAUCGACCUGCGUCUAGGACAGGGUUCGAGGCGGGGGGAGCUGGUUCGACAGUUACGGGAAGCGCUCACUACCGUCGGCUUUAUCUACUUGGUGGGUGUGGACGGCUAUGACGAGAAAGAACUCCUUCGACUCACCCGCUGGUUCUUCAGCUUGCCCCUGAAGGAGAGGAUGAAGAUUUCGAGGAAGAGCUUCGACUCCGAGUGUAAGCAACAGUACCGAGGCUACUUCCCUGUCAUCCCGAACGAGGUCUCUCAUAAGGAAGGGUUCGAAAUAGGUCUGACAAUGGACACUCAGCCGCCCUACCCGGAGAACCUGGUGGCCAAAAUCUUCUACGAGAAGAACCAGUGGCCCUCCAGCCCCUCUGGAGACGCAGAAACUGCUGCCUACUUUAAGACGUGGAUGGAGAACCACUACCAGAAGAUGACGGAGGCCGCGCUGGAGUUGAUGAGACUCAUCGCUGAAGGCUUCGGGGCCCCGAGGGAGUUCUUCACGCCACUAUUCGACCCCCACCACCUCUCCACCCUCCGCCUCAUCCACUACCCAGCCAGGCCUCACCCACCAGACAGUGCCCGCGACGGUGACUACGUGAUCCAGACAGCUGAACAUCAAGACUCAGGGAUGGUGACGCUGUUGUCAACGUUCGAGCAGUACCCAGGGCUGCAGGUGCGCUGGACGGACAACUCUCUCUUGGAUGUGCCUCACCGCCCGGGUCACCUUGUGGUCAACAUUGGUGACCUCUUGGCCACCAUCAGCGGUGGCAUGCUCAAGGCCACAAAGCACCGCGUUAUCGACUCUUGUGGUGAUCGGUUCUCUGUGCCGUUCUUCUUGGAGCCGAAAUACGACGGGAAUAUAAACAUUGUAUUACCUGGCGGGUCCACCGGUCUGACGGAGGACCCCGGCCAGCGGGUCAACUACGGGCCCUGGGUCUGGGAGAAGAUCAUUCAGUAUGCUGAGUACAAGGAUCUUAUCAAACUACGGGAGAAAGAAGGCUUAUCACUCUAUUAGUACAUUGUGUCGUAAGUGUAUCGGAUCAAUAACUGGUCGAUACUAUAAUUUGAAUGAUAGAGAUGCUUAAAAUAAAAAUACAUGAUUAACAUGCACUGUUAAUGUUACGAUUAUAUCUUAUUGUUGGGAAUGCAUAUAUAUAUAUAAUGCAAUUAUUAUAGAACUCGUCUUAAAAUUAGGUAAAAACAAAAAACAAAUAUUAUAUCCUUAUCCUUCACCCCGUCCCAUCCUAAAUCCUUAUCCUGAUCCCUUCCAAGUGCUAUAUAGUCGUAAUGGCUUGGGGCUUUCCCCCUGAUAGUUCCCUUCUCUCCCCCCCUUCCUAAUAACAAGAAACAAGUGUUAGAUGGAAACGACAGUUUCUAAUUUGAUAAUUGUUGUAUAUAUGUCUGUAUCACGUAAGAUAUCCAUUAAAACAUUCGAUAUUAGAUUGAAAUGACAGUUUCUAAUUUGAUAAUUGUUGUAUGUGUGUGUAUCACGUAAGAUAUCCAUUAAAACAUUCGAUAUUA